GUUAGAAUAAUAAAACCAACAUUUUAUUUUUGCACAAAAAUUCUAUGUCACUUUCUUUUUUCGGUUUUCGUCACGGCACCAUAGAGUGUUGAAAUUGAAUUUAAGGAGCAAUGGGAAAGAGAGUUAGGGAUAAAGAGAGUGGAAUUUCUAAUGGAAUGAAUGGCCAUCAUACUCAUCCAGGAAGAGUAUGGGGAAUUCUUCAUAUAAUCAAGUAUCAUCAUUGGCGUCAUGUUAAGAGAAGGAUUACACAUAGGAGGCCUUGUAAUCAUGAUUCAAGAAAUGAAAUUCCAGGAACUUCUGAUGAUUCUAGGGAUGAUGAUAUGAGAGAGCAUUUGAGGCCAAAUACAACUUUAUCCAAUGUUGAAGAAAAUAAGCUGGUACAAACCACUCCACAAAACAAACAAUCAAUAAAAUCAAAAAUAAAAGCACUUCUUAAUGAAGACACAUACAAAAUGAGAGGGAGACACAAGAGAAGCUCAACCUGUCCUACGAAAUCGCAGCUAACUCGCAUCGAUUCAGUUCAUCACUUGGAAGUUGAUCCACUGAGUGAAAUGCUGCUAACUGUUGAGAAUCCAGAACCAGUUCUAGAAACAUUUCAAAACCAUCUUGCUGCAGGAACAUUGGAAGUUCUGUCACCGGUUUUCUCAGGUAGGAAAAACUCAAUCACCAACAAUAGUACCAAUGACAAAUGUGUUGAAUGUGGUGCAGUGUUUUCUAGUGACCCUUUGGAGAAACACAAUGACAAGAUUCAUCAUAAGCAUCGCAAUCUUUCGAUUAGCGAAGGCGUGCAAGAAGAUAAACUGAUAAAAGCGAAAAUACUUACCACCGAUGCUUCGCCGCUUCUUUUCAAGGACUUUCUUGAUGCUCUUGAUUUAAUCAACACAAACAAAGACUUUCUGUUGAAAUAUAUAAAUGAUCCUGGUUCUCCUUUGCCAUUUGAGCUUCAUACUCAACCACAUUCUCCCAAUGGUAAAUCGAGACGAGCCAAAUCGAUUUCAUUACCUGUUAAUGGAUCAUCUUCUGGAACCAAAGAUUCUGAGCACAUUGUAGAUGAAUGGUUCAAUACAAAAGGACAGGUAGAAUCAGAAAUUCCAAAUUUAGCAGAUUUUCAUAGGCCAUCAACUUCUUCUUCACAUAAACCUGAUCAUCAUCAACUACUCGGUCCGGAUCAAGAAUCGGUUGAAAGAGAUCAUAACAACGAAACUCCCUCAGUUUCAAACAAUGUGAAGAAUAAGAACUUCAAGGAUCUUAGAAAGAAGAUAAAGCAUAUAAUCGAAGAAAGCAAAAACGAAAAGCUUCGCAUUACUAUGGACGCUGUAGUCGAUAAAAUUCCCCGUGGUAACAAGUUUUCGAAAAAUGUAAGGAAGUUGAUGAACCAUGAGAAAUUCAAACAGCACAAUAACCGUCAACUAUCAGGCAUGAGGACAUCAUCUCUCAAAGAAUCGGUCAAUCGAUACUCUCAGCUUUACGACACUUGUUUUCACAAUGAAGUAGUUAGCAAUAAGGAAGAGAAGCCUCCUAAAACUGAGACCUUAAAACUGAAAACAGAAGAGAAAAGUUCAGUACUGCAGACACCGAAAUCGUUUAAGAGGUUUCUUUCAUUACCUAAUCUAAAAUCUUACUUCAACCAAAAUGAGGAGUCUUCUGUUCAGUUAUCUCCUCAGAAUUCAGUUAGAAAAUCUGAAGAUAGAACUAGAAGCUCGAGUACACUUGAUGGCUACUCAAAUAAUCAUAUUUUCUCACCUUCGCCUUCUGAUCAUACAAAUGAAGAAAGCAUUAUGAAAGACGAACGAACACAUGUUAUCGUUAAGAGUGCUUCGGAUUCAGGUUCAGAUGUUAAUGAUGAGGUAAAGUCAGAAAAGAGUAUAGGAUUUGAUGGUUUAGGAAAUAUGAGAGACAGUGAAUUUUGUGGUAGCAAUGAACAUGACAUUGGUUAUACAACAGAAUCAAGUACUAUGUUGGUUGAAGCAAACUCAGCUUUCUCUUCUGAUACAAGCUUCUUAGAUUGUACAUUUGAGUUGGAAAACUUAAAUAUAUUAGAAGAAUCAGAUCAAGAGUUAAGGCCAAUGCUAGCUGGUGAGGAAUUGAACUAUAUGUAUGAGGAACAAGAAUCAAAAAUAGACCAAUAUGAGGAGGUUGAGAAUUUUCUUAAACAUGGAUAUAAAAUUCCAUGCAACGAAAUUGAUACGAGUAACGAAGCCGCGUUUAAUUACGUAAAGAAAGUUUUAGACCUCUCAGGUUUCACUAGCAAUGAAUCUCUUGAUACAUGGUAUUCUGAUAAGCAACCACUUGAUCCAUCGAUUUACGAAGAAUUAGAGGGAUGUUUGCUUCUUGAUCCUGAUUGUUCUGGCAACUGUGAAGGUGGACAUUGCAAUCAUCUUCUUUUGUUUGAUAUAAUCAAUGAAGGGUUGUUGGAGAUUUUCGGUCGAUCGUAUAACUAUUAUCCUAGACCUUUAUCUUCUCUGUCUUAUGUUCAUCGAUUGCCAAAUGGAAGAGAUGAUGUUCUGUAUAAAGUAUGGAAACUUAUUACUUGGUAUCUGAGUUCAGCUCCUGAUGAGGCUUAUCAAUCAUUGGAUUACUAUGUUAGUAAAGAUCUAGCAAGAAAUGAUGGGUGGAUGAAUCUUCAAUUUGAUUCUGAAUGUGUUGGGCUUGAGAUAGAUGAUUUGAUUUUCGAUGAUCUCUUGGACGAUAUUAUCUACUCUUAAAAGUUCUGGAUAUCAACUAAGUCUUAUUCCACUAAGUGGAAUACGCUACAUAAAUCAAAUUACGCCAACAUUUCUGGCAUUAAUUUUAUUUUCAUGUUGUAGACUACUCGUUAUGUAGUUUCUAGUGUUUAUUUUUGUUAGUUUAAUUUCUUUACAUCAUUGAUUAUUUAAAGAAAUGUAUUUGUGUGUGUUUUUAAUCAUGAUAUUGUAAAUAUGGAUCAUAGUUGUUUGAAACUUGUACUUUAUUUUUGACUUUUAAUCCUUAUACUAAAUCAUAGAUGUUUGAUAA